AUGUCGUCGGUAACUUCAACGCCUCAAGCUUCGGUAUCUGAGGCUCGUAUACUCGUACAGGGUCUCAUUAGACAAGACACACCCGACGAUGAAGCCCAACGAAAGUUAGACAAGACCAUCGAAACGAUCAAGAGAUAUCUCUCAAGCCGCCAUCGGGAAUCCAGUUUUGACCUUCCACUCCAUCACGAACUGAUACACUCCAGACAGAUCACUCGGCUUCUUGACAACGCUGGAGCGAGAUACUACUUCCACGAAGAUAAUCUCUUUAUUUAUGCAUUGCCUACUUCUAUCCAUGAGGCCUUGGGGUCAUUUAUUAUUUCGUGCUUCUCGAGACUGAAGAACGAGAUCCUUACGCCGGAAGAAGGGAGAAAUCUCCAUUGCGGAGCUCCCUCACUGCAUCUUGAUGGUAAAAUAAAAGGCAAAGGCACCAAGCGUCAGGCAUCAAACAAAUCCCCCGACCUUUCAUUUACGUUCUGGGACCCACGGGCAUGCCGUCGCUACCGUACCGUUAUGUUUGAAUCGGCCUUCAGUGAAACAUAUGAUGAUCUUAUACGGGAUAUGAAGCAAUGGCUCCUCCAUGGUCGUGGCCAAGUUCAGCUUGUUAUCCUGGCAGAUUGCAAUGAGGAUAAGAAACAGCUAUUGAACCACCAGAAGAGUGAUUCAUUUAGAGCCUGUGCCGCUAAGAUUGUGAAGGGCUUCGGGGACCCGCGUGGACAAAGUAAACAUUACGCCACUUUGUCACUGACGGCACGCAACGAUGUUCACCAGGACCAAGCAACAGAGAUCCCCAGCGCCACGAUCAAAGAACUAGAUUAUGAUAUUGUUGAUGUUGUACGAGUCGAGGAUUGGAUCGGUCCAAUCACCGCCGAUUUGGAAUGUUGGGUGCUAAAGGACUCCAAGCCUUAUAGAAGAGGCCGUGUUCGAGUGUUCCCUGAGCUGACCGGAAGCUUACCUCCUAUCUACGCUGGCGAUAUAAUCCCCUUGCCCUGCCAAGAUAGCUUGCCGAAUUUUGAUGCGUCACGAAGGUUCUACUUGGACCCCGAGGAGUUUCGACGUCAUUUACUUCAAGGAAUGCAUGAUGACGCUGUUGAGCGCGCAUAUAAAUUUGCAUGCUCAGAGAGUUGGGAUGAUGAAGAUGGGAAUUAUGAGGAGUAG